UAAAACAAAAGCAUCAACGGAUACUGAUAUUAUUAAUAAAUUGCUUGGAAAAGGAUACGAUUGGCGAGUACGACCACCUGGGACAAAUCUUAGUAUUACUGGUGGUCACGGACCUGUAGUUGUUGCUGUUAACAUGCUAAUACGAAGCAUAUCAAAAAUAGAUGAUGUAAAUAUGGAAUACAGUGUUCAGUUGACAUUUCGAGAAAGUUGGGUAGAUGGACGAUUAGCAUUUGGAUAUCCACGUGAUAAUACACCGGAUUUUGUUAUCCUUACAACCGGACAACAAAUUUGGAUGCCGGAUUCAUUUUUUCAGAAUGAAAAACAUGCUCAACGCCAUAUGAUUGAUAAGCCGAAUGUUCUUAUUCGUAUACAUAAAGAUGGUACAAUAUUGUAUAGCGUUAGGAUAUCACUUGUAUUAUCAUGUCCAAUGCAUUUACAGUAUUAUCCAAUGGAUAUUCAAACGUGCCUUAUUGAUCUCGCUUCAUAUGCAUAUACAACAGAUGAUAUAGAAUAUGUUUGGGAGAGUAAAGAUCCAGUUCAAUUAAAAGAUGGUUUACAUUCAUCGUUACCAAGUUUUCAACUUAGUAAUGUUACGACAACAUUUUGUACAAGUAAAACAAAUACUGGAACAUAUUCAUGUUUACGUAUUGUAUUAGAAUUAAGACGACAAUUCAGCUAUUAUUUAUUGCAAUUAUAUGCGCCAAGUUUGAUGCUUGUUAUUGUUUCCUGGGUAUCAUUUUGGUUAGAUCGUACCGCUGUACCAGCUCGUGUCACAUUAGGUGUCACCACUUUUCUCACUAUGACCACUCAGGCUUCCGGAAUUAAUGCCAAAUUGCCACCUGUGUCGUAUACAAAAGCUAUAGAUGUAUGGAUUGGUGGUAAAUGA